UCUUCCCACGGACCACACCAUCCUUAGAAACCCUUCACUGCUGGCUGGUUGUGCCUCUCUCUCCUCUUCUUCCUUUUGAACAGUUUCAUAGAGAAAGAGAGAGAUGAAGGGUGGUGGUGGAGCUGACAAGCUUGAGAGGAAGACGGUGGAGAAGAACAGGAGAAUCCACAUGAAGAACCUCUGCGUCCAGCUCACUUCCCUCAUCCCCAAGUCCAAGCAGCGAGCCACCAUGACUCAGCAAGAUCUGCUGGAGCAAGCAACCCACUACGUGAACGAGCUGAAGGAGAGAGUGGAACGAUUGAAGCAGAAGAAAGAGAAGACGAGUGGUGUCCUGAUAGGGUUCGGGGAGCCCCUGGUUACUGUGACACACCUGGGGUCUAACUUGGUGGUGAACUUGGUGUGUGGGCUGAGAACAAGGUCCAUGCUUCAUCCGGUCAUCAUCGUCCUCCUGGAAGAAGGUGCGGAUGUCACCAGUGCCAGUUCCAACAUUGUUGGCGACAAGAUCUUCCACACCGUUCAUUGUCAAGCCAUUUAUCCAAGAAUUGGUUUAGAUCCAUCAAGGGUGGAGCACAGAUUGAAAGAAAUAGUGAGGAGGGAAGCUUAAUUCCAUAGGAAAUUUGAGUCUUAGUCAAAUGUAACUUAAUUCAGUUCCACAUGAAACCAAAAAAACAAAAGAAAAAAGGAAAAUAUUAAGAGUGUGAUGUUUGAUUUCUGUCCUUUGUAAUGCACCUUUAUAUUCAAUAUUAUAUGAUGUUGUUGGAAUUUA